GACUCUGUCUCAAAAAAAAAAAAGAAAGAAAGAAAGAAAGAAAAGAAAUAAUAAUAACCACCAUUCCUAUCUCAACAGCUUGUUCUAGAAAUUUUUAAAUCAUAGUAUCACAAACAGCACUAUGUAAUUGUAAAAUAUGUAUGAAUAUAUACAUCCAAACAACAGCAAUGUCAUAGCCUAUGAGGAGAUAUAAUCUUACACAAUGCACCAAAAUCUCAAUUUACUUCACCAAACUGUUAUACCAAAUUCUGUACACAGUAUAUCCAAGAAAAUGUGUUGUUUUUGUUGAGACACUGAACUUAGCUUGGGAACACAUGUGCACAAUCUAGUUCAUAAUAUUUGGUGCAAGUACCAUUCUCUAAUAUGGAUUUACAUUUCUGCAAGCAAAUUUUUACUUGCAAUCAUAACAUAUCCAAAUUUUCCUUUUAUUCAACCAGAACUUAGUGUAAAGUACUACAAGUUAGUUCUUCAUAUUUCAUGCUAAGAAAAUAAUGCAGAUUUUCUGCAUUAUUAUGGUCUUCAUAGAAACCUUAACUAUGAUGAAUUUAAAAGGCAAAAUAAUCCAGCAUAACUUCAUGAUUUCAGAUUUUUUAAUGUUAAAAAUAAUGUCAUCAUUAAUUAGAAAAUUCUAAAAUCAUUACUUCCACUUUCCUAGGCAAAAUAUCAAUAUACUCUCAUUUGCCAAAUAAAUUAAAAGAUCCCCUACAAACACAAUCUCCUAAAUUGUGGUUUUUAUGGUUUUAAUGUUUUAUAUAUGGCAACUAUUGAUGCUAGUUAAAUUUUUAGAAUUUUUUUCUUUUUGAUUCCCUACAGUUGUCUACAAGAACCUUAUUAGAGCAUGAUUCUGCCAGACUUUAUGCUAUUUGUUGUUCCAAUUAAAACUGUUUAAAACAUGAAUUUGAAAAAUCUUAUUUUAACUAUAAUUUUGUAGCUGAAACUCUUUUUUUCCCCAAACUUUGCAAACAUUCUAUGCAACCUGAAUUAGUGCUGAGAAAAAUGGAUCUUAACAGUUGCUCAAUGUUCUUCAACAGGUGAAAAGCAUAAUAAAACAUGCUCAUCUGAACUCCACCCAUUUUCAAUUUCAACAUAGCAAACCUCCUGUUUAUUCUUAGGGCAAAUUCAAAAUUGUACAUAUUGGGAUUGGUUAUUACUGAAGAUAAUUUAUGCAAUCAUAAGCCAAAGAUGCUAAGUAGGCAAAAAGAAAACCAUGCAAGUAAGCAAACUCUAACACAUGUGGACACACCCGAUCAGUAUAUACAUAAAGGCUUGUCACUGUCCUUGGUAGCAGGCACUCCCUGGGCUAAACAGCAUCACCAUGUCUGUUCGAUACAGCUCAAGCAAGCACUACUCUUCCUCCCGCAGUGGAGGAGGUGGAGGAGGAGGAGGAGGAGGAUCAUCCCUAAGAAUUUCGAGCAGCAAAGGCUCCCUUGGUGGAGGAUUUAGCUCAGGGGGGUUUAGUGGUGGCUCUUUUAGCCGUGGGAGCUCUGGUGGGGGCUGCUUUGGGGGCUCAUCAGGUGGCUAUGGAGGAUUAGGUUUUGGUGGAGGUAGCUUUGGUGGAAGCUAUGGAAGUAGCAGCUUUGGUGGGGGUUAUGGAGGCAGCUUUGGAGGGGGUAGCUUUGGAGGUGGCAGCUUCGGUGGGGGCAGCUUUGGUGGAGGUGGCUUUGGAGGAGGCUUUGGUGGUGGAUUUGGAGGAGAUGGUGGCCUUCUCUCUGGAAAUGAAAAAGUAACCAUGCAGAAUCUGAAUGACCGCCUGGCUUCCUACUUGGACAAAGUUCGGGCUCUGGAAGAAUCAAACUAUGAGCUGGAAGGCAAAAUCAAGGAGUGGUAUGAAAAGCAUGGCAACUCACACCAGGGGCAGCCUCGUGACUACAGCAAAUACUACAAAACCAUCGAUGACCUUAAAAAUCAGAUCCUCAACCUAACAACUGAUAACGCCAAUAUCCUGCUUCAGAUAGACAAUGCCAGGCUGGCAGCUGACGACUUCAGGCUGAAGUAUGAGAAUGAGGUAGCUCUGCGCCAGAGCGUGGAGGCUGACAUCAACGGACUGCGUAGGGUGCUGGAUGAGCUGACCCUGACCAAGGCUGACCUGGAGAUGCAGAUUGAGAGCCUGACUGAAGAGCUGGCCUAUUUGAAGAAGAACCACGAGGAGGAAAUGAAAGACCUUCGAAAUGUGUCCACUGGUGAUGUGAAUGUGGAAAUGAAUGCUGCCCCAGGUGUUGAUCUGACUCAACUUCUGAAUAACAUGAGAAGCCAAUAUGAACAACUUGCUGAACAAAACCGCAAAGAUGCUGAAGCCUGGUUCAACGAAAAGAGCAAGGAACUGACUACAGAAAUUGAUAGUAACAUUGAACAGAUGUCCAGCCAUAAAUCCGAGAUUACUGAAUUGAGACGUACUGUACAAGCUCUGGAGAUAGAACUACAGUCCCAACUGGCCCUGAAACAAUCCCUGGAAGCCUCCUUGGCAGAAACAGAAGGUCGCUACUGUGUGCAGCUCUCACAGAUUCAGGCCCAGAUCUCCGCUCUGGAAGAACAGCUGCAACAGAUUCGAGCUGAAACCGAGUGCCAGAAUACUGACUACCAGCAACUCCUGGAUAUUAAGAUCCGACUGGAGAAUGAAAUUCAAACCUACCGCAGUCUGCUAGAAGGAGAGGGAAGUUCCGGAGGCGGUGGACGCGGCGGCGGAAGUUACGGCGGCGGCUACGGAGGAGGAAGCUCCGGCGGCGGUUACGGAGGAGGAAGCUCCGGCGGCGGUUACGGCGGCGGCCACAGUGGUAGUUCCGGCGGCGGCUACGGAGGCGGAAGCUCCGGCGGCGGAAGCUCCGGCGGCGGCUACGGGGGCGGAAGCUCCGGCGGCGGCCACGGAGGAAGUUCCGGCGGCGGCCACGGAGGCAGUUCCGGUGGCGGCGGCAGCUCGGGCGGCGGCUUCGGCGGCGGCAGCUCCGGCGGAGGCCACAAGUCCUCCUCUUCUGGGUCCGUGGGCGAGUCUUCAUCUAAGGGACCAAGGUCAGCAGAAACUAGCUGGGAUACUAACAAAACCAGGGUAAUCAAGACAAUUAUUGAAGAGGUGGCACCCGACGGUAGAGUCCUUUCAUCUAUGGUUGAAUCAGAAACCAAGAAACACUACUAUUGAGCUGCAUCAAGAGGAAAGUCCUCCCUUCACACAGACCAUUAUAUACAGAUGCACGGAAAACAAAGUCUCCAAGAAGACACUUCUGUCCUAAUGGUCUAUGGAAACAGGUUCACUCCCUGAAAAUAAGGUGUCUACAAGGUGUUUUGUGGUUUCUGUAUUUUCUUCUUUUCACUUUACCAGAAAGUGUUAAUGGAAAGAAAAACAACUUUCUGUUCUCAUUUACUAACGAGUUUCAAUAAACUUUCUUACUGAUGCAAACUA